GGCGCCUCCAUUGUCUUCUGAAAUAUUGCUCUCUCUUUCUCUCUCUCUGUGAAAGGAGAAGAAGAGGAAAGAAGAGCUUCGGUGAGAAUCGAAUCGAAUCAAAACCCUAAUUCAAGCAAUGGCGACACCGUCGCAAGCUCAGGCAGUGAAGUCUCUCAACAAAUCCCCAGGACGACGCCGUUUUGUUUUCAAGAAUUUUUCUCAGAGAGUAGAGGAGAUUGAAAUCGAUGUGUUUCGAAGCCUUAAUAAAGUGAAGGCUGAGCCUUCAGAAGGGUCUUCCUUUUUCCGUGACUGCCUCACAGAAUGGAGGGAAUUGAAUACUGCAGAGGAUUUUAUUUCGUUUUACGAGGAAAUGUUGCCCCUGGUCCAGACAUUACCCUUGAUUAUAUUACAGAAGGAGUUAAUUUUCUCGAAACUUAUCCCACGAUUACAAAUGAGUGCGAGGCUAUCUCUUGAGCCUAUUCUUAGGUUACUUGCAGCUCUAUCUAGAGAUCUCCUGGUUGAUUUUAUACCCUUUAUGCCAAGGAUUGCUGAUUCUUUAGUGUCUCUCCUGGAAACUGGUGCUGAUAGGGAACCAGAGAUAAUUGAGCAGAUUUUUACGUCGUGGUCAUAUAUUAUGAUGUACUUGCAAAAAUAUCUAAUUCGUGACCUUGUUUAUGUGCUCAAGGUUACAUUAAAACUACGAUAUUAUCCCAAGGAGUACGUCCAAGAAUUUAUGGCUGAGGCAAUAUCAUUCUUGUUUAGGAAUGCACCAGCUGAGCAGCUGCAGGAAGGUAUUAAAAAGAUCAUGACUGAAGUCAUAAAGAAACCAUUGCCUGCCAGGAAAUGUGGCAUCAGUGCUUUACUUUUUUAUGUUAUGAGAGGGUCGUCAUCAAGGUUCCACUCAAGAGCAGAGCGAGUAUUGCGGUUAUUGAUGGACGAUUCAAUAUUUGGUUCAGAUGCGGUUGUUGAAGUUAUAAUUACUGCCUUUCAAAGACUAUGUGAGAACAUAGAGCCAAAGGAGUUGGAUUUGAUGUGGAAAUGCUUAUAUGAGAAAAUUACUGAGUGUGUGACUAAUGGAUGCAUUUUGCAUUUAAGUCAUCUAUUGUCGCUGCUUAUUUCCAUUGUUCAGAUCCACAAUGGACAAAUAGUUUAUGAUUACCAAUCAUUACUUGAACAUGUGGGAUUGCUUGUGCAAAGGUUUGUUGUGCCUUCUGACUUGGUGAAGGCAGAGGAUCAUCAAGAAGAAGUUGUUGAUAAGGUUCUAGAAUUGAUUGUAUGCAUUCUCAAUGGGCUCCAUAGUUCUAAUGAUAUGUCAACUAUCUCAAGUUGUUCAUUGCAAUGGGCUCCUGUAUUUAAGUUAAGGAACUCAAGUUUGUUGACUUUUAUUAGAGAACUACUACAGAAGGACCCUUGCAUAGUAGAUAUCUUCAGAGUUAACAUCUUAAGUGCUUUGAAUGAUAUGGUAGAGACUUCGGAAGAAGUUAUUUAUCUAUUACUGUCCUUCUGUGAAAUAAUGGAAGGGAAGGCACAAGGGUCCAACUUUUUAGUCGGCACAUUUGGAAAAGGAUUUCCAAAGAUUCAGAGUUGUUUGCAGGAGGCUGUCUCUGAUUGGAUAAGGGAAAUAAAAGAAAUUGUGCGCAUAGAUCCAUCAUCAACUCAUAUUCAUGAGACUAAGUUCGCUCUGCUGUGGGGAAUCAUUAGAUGCUAUCCUCAAUUGAUUGAUAUCCAAAAGAAAUCAUCCUGUUUAAUGGAUUUGAUAGAUGCACUCAAUCAGCUACUGAUGAUGGAAGCUGGCUGCAUAGCUGGUGUUCCUAAACAAACUUGGCAAUGCCUAAUUGGGGCUGCUUUGAGUUCUUACAACAAGUCACAUCUUGGUAAAGAAUCUGACUCUGAAGAAACGAGCAAAUUUUUGCAUCUUGUGAAAAGAUACAGAUCUUCUUUGCCGGUAUUGUCUGCUGUUGCUGAUUAUUUGGAUUUUGUGUAUGGGCCUACAUCAGAAGCUGUCAACAGCAAUAGAAUGUAUCAUCAAGAACUUGCUGGCGAGAAGGUUGUGGAUGCAGUAAGCAUAUUUUCUGAUAAUUUGCGCCACUCAAACAAGGAGAUUCGCCUCUCAACUCUUAGAAUAUUGUGUCACUAUCAACCUCUGGGGUGUGUGGAUUCUACAAAUGAUCAACCGGCUGCAAAGAAAAUGAGAACUGAAGUCUCUCAAAAUUCCCUUGUGGAAAGUCAGGGUAUUAAUGUUAUUCAGUUGCUUUUGUCUAUUGAGGAAACUCCUCUUUCAAUUUCUACCAGCAGGAAAGUUAUCCUAUUGAUUUCUAAAAUACAAAUGGGCCUCUCAGCCGGCAGAUUACCUGAUGCCUAUGCGCCCCUUGUUUUGAAUGGGAUAAUUGGCAUAUUGAAUAACCGAUUUAGCUAUCUUUGGAAUCCAGCAAUAGAGUGCCUUGCAGUCUUGAUGAGCCAACAUUUUGGACUUGUAGGAGAUAGAUUUGUUUCUUAUCUUGAGCAAUACCAAUCCAUAUUUCAUACAUCUAAUGGAGUAUAUGAAGGGAAUUCUAAAGCUUACGAGUCAAGUGAUCUUGUCAAGCGUUUUAAUUCGUUUGUAUAUCCGGGCUCUGAGAGCACUCCUUGUGCAACAAUAUUAUCCUUGUUGCUCCAAUCGUUACAAAAGAUUCCAAUUGUUAUUGAAUCUCGGUCACGAGAAUUUGUACCUUUGUUCUUAAAGUUUCUUGGCUAUGAUUGCAAUGUUCUUGCAAGCGUGGGAAUCUUCAAUUCACAUGCUUGUAAAGGCAAAGAGUGGAAAGGUGUCCUUAAAGAAUGGUUGAACUUGCUGAAAGUAAUGCGGAACCCUAGGUCCUUUUAUCAGAGUCAAUUUCUUAAAGAGGUUCUGCAAAAUAGGCUUUUGGAUGAAAAUGAUGCUGAAAUACAGAUGAAGGUUCUUGAUUGCCUCUUGAUUUGGAAGGAUGAUUUUUUGCUCCCAUAUGAUCAGCAUCUGAAAAAGUUGAUAAGCUCCAAAUAUUUGCGAGAAGAACUAACAACAUGGAGUUUAUCCAAAGAAUCUAAUCUAAUUGAAGACCAACACAGAGCUUAUCUGGUUCCUAUAGUUAUUCGUCUUCUAAUGCCGAAAGUCAGAAAUUUGAAGACACUUGCCUCUAGAAAGAAUGCAAGCAUUAAUCACCGAAAGGCAGUCUUGGGUUUCAUUGCUCAACUUGAUGUUGAGGAGCUUCCUCUUUUCUUUGCAUUGUUAAUAAAGCCACUGCAAAUUAUUUCACAAGAAGCUGAUAGUACUGCUUGUUGGCUUUGGACUUCACCUGAAAAUUUUAUGGAUCAAUUUCAGGCUUUUAAUUUCUUAAAGUAUUUCACCGUGGAUAAUAUAAUAGCUCUGUCUUGGAAGAAAAGAUAUGGUUUUCUGCAUGUGAUUGAAGAUGUUCUAGGAGUUUUUGAUGAAUUGCAUCUUAGACCUUUUCUUGAUCUAUUAAUGGGGUGUAUUGUUCGGCUAUUGGGAAGCUGUGCAUCAAAUAUUGACGUUGCAAAGUGCAAUGGAUUUUCCUCACUUGAAGAUCAUUCUAGUGCUGACCUUACUUUACUUGAGAAAGACGAUGCUCCAACAAAUCAUGUCCUGACUAGCAGUGCUAUGAAGCAGUUCAAAGAUUUAAGGUCUCUAUGCCUGAAAGUAAUUUCUUUUGUCCUCAAUAAGUAUGAAGAUCAUGAAUUCGGUUGUGAGUUCUGGGACCUGUUCUUUGCAUCUGUGAAAAAUUUAGUUGACGGUUUUAAACAGGAGGGUUCCAGUAGUGAGAAGCCAAGUUCAUUAUUCUCUUGCUUUGUUGCUAUGAGUAGAAGCCACAGGCUUGUAUCACUGCUAAGUAGAGAAACAAAACUUGUUCCAGAUAUAUUUUCAAUACUUAGUGUCAAGUCAGCUUCUGAAGCUAUUGUAUCAUGUGUUCUUAAGUUUGUUGAGAACUUGUUGAAUCUUGAUAGUGAGUUGGAUGAUAAAGAUGAUGCUGCAAAAAGAGUUCUACUUCCAAACCUUGAGGCACUUAUCUGCAGCUUGCAUUGCCUUUUCCUAAGUGAUAGUGCCACCAAGAGGAAAUUGGUCAAAUGUCCUGGGGAGAGAGACAUAAGAAUUUUCAAAUUAUUAUCAAAGUAUAUAAAGGAUCCAUUGCUAGCAAGCAAAUUUGUAGAUAUCUUGCUCCCAUUUUUAGCAAAAAGAGCUCAAAAUUCUGAUCUUUGUUCUGAAGCUGUGCAAGUCUUUCGAGAUAUUAUACCAGUGUUAGGGAGCGACAGUACUAAAACAAUUUUGAAUGCAGUUUCUCCACUACUUACUUCUGUUGAACUGGAUAUGCGUUUGUCUAUUUGUGAUCUUCUUGAUUCUCUUGCUGAAGUAGAUCCUUCUAUCCUGUUAGUGGCAAAACUUGUUCGUGACUUGAAUGCAACCUCUGCUGCAGAAAUGGGUGGACUUGAUUAUGACACUAUAGUCAAUGCUUAUGAAAAGAUUUGUGUUGAUUUCUUCUAUACUAUUCACGAGGAUCAUGUGUUGCUCAUUUUAUCACAUUGUGUGUAUGAUAUGUCAUCUGAAGACUUGAUCUUAAGGCAUAGUGCUUUUAGAUCAAUGUGUUCGUUUAUUGAAUUUUCUGCACUAGUUAUCAGCCAAGAAGGAAAAAGUCACCAAGAAGUAAUUGCUAAGAUGAUUACUUCUGAUGAUGGUUGUUGGACGAGAGCAUCUAUUCAGCGUAUAGCAAACAAAUUUCUUUUGAAGCAUGUGGGGAAUACAUUGAGUAGAGAAACUAAUAUAAAAAAGGAAUGGAUAGAUUUACUACGAGAAAUGGUGUUGAAACUUCCAGAAGUAGCAAAUCUUAAUUCAUUGGGGAUGCUGUGCAGUAAUGAUGCUGAAGUAGAUUUUUUCAAUAAUAUUAUUCAUUUGCAGAGGCAUAGGAGAGCAAGGGCAUUAUUACGUUUUAAGAAUGUUAUCAGUACUAGUAAUAUGUCGGAGGGAAUCAUAAAUAGGAUUUUUGUGCCGCUCUUUUUUAAUAUUUUGUUUGAUGUACAAGACGGAAAAGGAGAACAUGUUAGAGGUGCAUGCAUAGAGGCCCUUGCAGCUAUUUCUGGUCAUGCGGAAUGGAAGUCAUACUAUGCAUUAUUAGUUAGAUGCCUUCGAGAGAUUACUCUGAAACCAGACAAGCAAAAGCUCUUAUUGAGACUAACUUGCUCUAUUCUGGACCAAUUUCAUUUUCUAGAAAUUUCUAAGAGCCAAGAAGGCAACGACUCUUUCGUGAAUGAUUCUGAUUCCAUGACCAUUGGUAGUGAUUCUUCAGCCAUUUUGCACAAGUGUAGUACUUUUAAUAUUGCAACUGAGAUACAGACGUGCCUGCAUAAAACUGUUCUCCCGAAGAUACAGAAGCUACUGAAUUUUGAGCCUGAUAAGGUCAGCGUUAACAUCAAUCUUGCUGCACUGAAGCUACUAAAGUUGCUUCCUGGAGAUGUGAUGGACUCACUCCUUUCAAGUAUCAUUCAUCGCAUUGCAAACUUCUUAAAGAAUCGUUUGGAAAGUAUACGUGAUGAAGCUAGAUCAGCUUUGGCUGCUUGUUUGAAGGAGCUGGGGCUGGAAUACCUGCAGUUUGUGCUCAGGGUUUUGCGAGCGACCUUGAAACGAGGAUUUGAAAUGCAUGUAUUGGGAUACACUCUCAAUUUCAUCUUGUCCAAGUCUCUUUUAAUACCUGUCAUUGGGAAGUUGGAUUACUGUUUGGGAGAUCUCCUUUCCAUAGUAGAAAAUGACAUAAUGGGAGAUGUUGCCGAAGAAAAAGAAGUGGGAAAGAUUGCUUCAAAAAUGAAAGAAACAAAGACACGAAUGUCUUUUAAAACACUGGAAUUGAUAGCCCAGAGCAUAACAUUCAAAACCCAUGCCUUGAAGCUUCUUUCACCUGUUACAACUCAUUUGCAGAAGCAGAUGACACCAAAAAUCAAAACAGAAUUGGAAAGGAUGUUGAAUCACAUAGCUGUUGGCAUUGAACGUAAUCCAUCUGUAGAUCAGACUGACCUAUUCAUCUUUGUGUAUGGCCUCAUUGAAGAUGGGAUUAAAGAUGGAAAUGGUCAAGGUGAACAAUCAUUGGGUGCAGAGGCAAGAAAACAUCCUAGAAAAGACAUGAGUGGAAAAAGAAUAACUUCUGGCCGAGUUGUGAAUGUUUCUUCACAUCUUAUUAUUGUGUUUGCUCUCAGGAUAUUGCAUAAACGAAUAAGAAGUUUGAAACGGGACAAAAUUGAUGAACAUGUGUUAUCAAUGUUGGAUCCUUUUGUCACACUUCUAGGCAACUGCUUAGGUUCCAGGUAUGAAGAUAUUUUAUCUGCAUCCCUUAGUUGCCUUACUCCAUUGGUAAGACUGCCUUUACAAUCCCUUGAGUCUCAAGCUGAUAAAAUAAAGGUGGCAGUCUUGGAUAUUGCACAAGGUUUGGUAUCUUCUAGCAGUCCUCUAAUGCAGUCAUGUCUAAGAUUGCUAGCUGUGCUUCUGCGGAGUAGCAAAAUUACCCUUUCAUCAGCUCAGUUACAUCUGUUAAUUCAGUUUCCCCUGUUUGUUGACCUUGAAAGAAAUCCUUCUAGCCUUGCCCUUUCUUUGCUCAAGGCAAUUGUUAGUCGCAAGCUAGUUGUUCCCGAGAUAUAUGAUCUUGUAACUCAAGUUGGGGAAUUGAUGGUGACAAGUCAAGUGGAUUCAAUUCGAAAGAAAUCUAGUCAAAUUUUGUUGCAAUUUUUACUUGGUUAUCAGCUUUCUGUAAAACGUUUGCAACAACAUCUAGCUUUUCUGCUUUCAAAUCUAAGAUAUGAGCAUUCAACUGGGAGAGAAUCUGUGCUCGAAAUGAUUCAUGCAAUCAUAGUCAAAUUUCCAAAAAAAAAUGUUGAUGAGCAAUCACUGACAUUAUUUACACAUCUGGUGAUUUGCUUAUCCAACGAUCAUGAUAAUAAAGUUCGGUCCAUGACUGGUGCUGCUAUAAAGAAACUCAUUGGGUGUGUAAGCCCACAUUCACUUCAUUCCAUUCUAGACUACACAUUAUCUUGGUAUUCAUAUUCAGAAGAGACACAGAAACUGCGGAGUGCUGCUGCCCAGGUCUUGGGAUUAUCAGUUGAGGUUAUGAAGAAAGGAUUUCAAAGAUAUGUCAAUAAAGUAUUGCCUGUGACUAGAAAAAUUUUGCAAUCUGCCAUCAAUGUUGUCACUAAUAGGCAACUAGAUUUUCCUGAGGAAACUGCUGUUACUUCCUGGAGAGAGACAUAUUACUCACUCAUCAUGUUGGAAAAGAUGCUGCAUCAGUUCCAUGAUUUGUUCUUUGAAAGUGAUCUUGAGGAUAUCUGGGAAGCAAUCUGUGAGCUGCUUUUGCACCCACACAUGUGGUUACGCCACAUAUCAAGUCGCCUUAUAUCCUUGUACUUUGCCAAUGUAAUAGAUGCUAGCAGAGAAAACCAAGAGAAAUCACUAGGGACUUAUUUUCUUAUGAAACCAAGUAGACUUUUUAUUAUAGCUGUUUCCCUCUGCUGCCAAUUGAAGACACCAUUCAAUGAUGAUGCUGCCAGCAACCUCAUAACACAAAACUUUGUGUUCACAAUAUGGGGUGUGCAUUCUUUAAUGGGACAAAUGGAGUACAUAGAUUCUCCAAAUUUCUGGUCUAGCCUUGAAGAGCAUGAGCAAGGCCGAUUUCUUAAAGCUUUCCAAUUGCUUGAUUCAAGAAAAGGGAGAAGCGUAUAUUUCUCUCUUACAUCUGGUGAUCAAAAGGAUCAUGACCACUCCAAAGAUAUUCGAUCUUUGAUCAUUUCUUAUCUGCUUAAAAGAAUUGGAAAGAUUGCCCUUCAGAUGGAUGCUAUUCAGAUGAAAAUUGUAUUUAAUAGUUUUGAAAAAAUUUCAUCACAAAUCAGUCCGGACGAUUGCCUGCAUUAUGCAUAUGAAAUCCUUCUACCCCUAUAUAAAGUUUGUGAAGGGUUUGCUGGGAAAGUGAUCCCUGAUGAUGUUAAGCAAUUGGCGCAGGAAGUUUGUGAAACUCUAAGGAAAGUUCUAGGCAUCCAGAGCUUUGUACAAAUUUACAGUGAGAUCAGGAAGAAUCUCAAGGCGAAAAGGGAUAAGAGGAAACAAGAAGAAAAGAUCAUGGCUGUUGUCAAUCCAAAGCGCAAUGCCAAGAUGAAGUUGAGAAUUGCUGCUAAGCAUCGUGCUAACAAGAAAAGGAAGAUAAUGACAAUGAAAAUGGGGAGAUGGAUGAACAACAAGAAACCAAGGACGAUGUAAAAAAAAGGGGUAAUAUGAGAUUGCAUUCCAAUCAACAGGCAUGUGUUUGGGUCAAACCCCAAGCAUCUAUUGUAAAAAUACAUGAUAUACCCCAUUCGAUUUUUUGGUAGCAUAGAAAAAAUGUAUAUAAUAUGUGCUUAAAUAUAAUUUAUUUUUUAAGCAAAUGAGAAAAUAUCCAGCUGGGGUACGUGUUCUUUUUUUAUAA